AACAUAUAAUGGAUUUGGAGGCACCUGUAAAACGCUCCCUUGCAAUCCCCACUAUCACCCACUAGGCAACAAGAAAGGCUGUUGUUUUGUUUUGGUAGAGCAUGUUUGGAUUGGAGCAUAACACCAAAGUUUGGCCAGCUCUUAUUCCCAUCCAUGUCGCAUAAUGACAAAGAAAAAUCAACAGAGAGAGAGAGAGAGAGAGAGAGAGAGGGAAACACGCUUCAUUUUUUUAGAGGGAGAGAAAGUAACAAACGGAGAAAGAAAGUAAAAAGAGUAAGUGCACUCUUGUAUUGUAUUUCAAGAAAUUCCAUAUUCGUCUGACCCCCCCAAAGGACAACAAAACAAUGAAGACAAAAACAACCUCUUGUGUUGUCGCCAAAGCAGCCAUGGAAAAGUCCUUCAAGACAAGAGCUUUAAUUCCAAUUCGCUCACUUUGCAACAAAUCCCUAGCCCACAAACCCAACCUAAUUCCUCUUAACCCACUUUGGUGGAUUAAGAGAGUUUCCUCAACCUAACUUCAACUGUUUUUGAGGGUCUUUAUGGGUUUUUGCUGAAUUUUGUAACCCACCUGGGAGUUUUAACCUACUGCUCUGUUUCAUAAGUAAAUCUCAGGAGCAGCUACUGUGCUUUCUCUGCUUCCAUUUAAGGCACGGAGUUUGUUAUUAUUGUUAAUGGCAGGAAUGGUUCAAGAGGAGGGAUCAUCAUCUGUAACUUCUUCACCCCUUCAGUUCUUCUCCUGGAUGUCACUGUCUCCUGGGUUUGGAUCACAGUAUCCAUGGCUUAGGGAGCUAAAAUCUGAAGAGAGGGGUUUGUGCCUGAUCCAUCUCCUUGUUGCUUGUGCAAACCAUGUUGCUGCAGGUAGUGUUGAGAAUGCAAAUAUCAGUCUUGAGCAUAUUUCCCACCUUGCUUCUCCGGACGGCGAUACCAUGCAGCGAAUUGCUGCAUAUUUCACUGAGGCACUAGCUGAUCGAAUGCUUAAAGCUUGGCCUGGUCUCCACAAAGCCCUCAAUUCCACGAAGAUAUCAUCAGUAACUGAAGAAAUACUUGCCCAGAAGUUAUUCUUUGAUCUCUGCCCCUUCUUGAAACUUUCGUAUGUGAUCACAAAUCAGGCAAUUAUAGAAGCCAUGGAAGGAGAGAAGAUGGUGCAUAUUAUUGAUCUUCAUUCUUUUGAGCCUGCCCAAUGGAUCAACCUUCUUCAGACGUUAAGUGCACGCCCAGAAGGCCCACCCCAUUUGAGGAUUACUGGUAUACAUGAGCGGAAAGAGGUACUGGAACAAAUGGCUCUUCGGUUGACCGAUGAGGCUGAAAAAUUGGACAUCCCGUUCCAAUUUAACCCAAUAGUAAGCAAAUUGGAGAAUCUUGAUGUUGAAAGUUUACGUGUAAAGACUGGAGAAGCUCUUGCAGUCAGCUCUGUUCUUCAGUUGCACUCGCUUUUGGCCAUGGAUGAUGAGAUGCCCAAGAGGAACUCACCAACAGCAUCAAAAACUCAAAACUCUAGUCACUUGCAAAGAGUCUUGCAGAUGAACCAACGGACACUAGGAGAGUGGCUUGAGAAAGAUUCUGUUCAUUUGUACAGCCCAAGUCCUGAUUCUGCAUCAGUGUCAACCCCACUGUCUUUAGCUGCUUCCCCAAAGAUGGGUAGCUUUUUGAAUGCCCUUUGGGGUCUUUCACCAAAGUUGAUGGUAGUAACCGAGCAGGAAUCCAAUCAUAAUGGUUCUACUUUAAUGGAGAGGGUCAUGGAUGCAUUGAACUUUUAUGCGGCAUUGUUUGAUUGCUUGGAGUCCACCUUACCCAGAGGAUCGAUAGGGCGGCAGAAGGUGGAGAAGAUGCUUUUUGGAGAAGAAAUAAAGAACAUCAUAGCAUGCGAGGGGACUGAGAGGAAGGAAAGGCAUGAGAAGCUUGAGAAAUGGAUUCUGCGACUUGAAUUAGCUGGGUUCGGGAGGGUGCCUUUAAGCUACCAUGGUAUUUUGCAGGCUAAGAGGUUGUUGCAGAACUAUGGCUAUGACGGGUAUAGGAUCAAAGAAGAGAAUGGAUGUCUGGUUAUUUGCUGGCAAGAUAGAACCCUCUUUUCUGUUUCUGCCUGGAGGUUUAGGAGGUAUGACUGAAAUCAUUGACCAUGCAGGAAAUUUGUGUGUCUG